UAAAUUAAGCUACAAAGAAAAUGAUCCUUAAAUAAACUCCUUCAGAACACAAUUGUCUGAGCAUUGCAAGUGGUUUAUUAUAGAAAACAGUGAUCCAAAACUUAGAGUCAUGGAUUUUGAUGUGUAAUCACAUACACCAAAAGCAACUGUUCAAAUGUUCCCUGUAAUAUGUACCUUUAGGCAUAGUUUAAAAAACAAAUUCUUAAAGUCAUUUAAAAAUAAAUAAUAUAAAGUGAUUAAUAGUAAGGUAUUGGAUGUAAAAGGGUAAACACAAAGACAUUUAUUAGCAAAGAAAUAAGGAGAAAUUAAAAUAAUCCUGCAAUACUUUUGUGUAUGCAAUUUAUCAAGAAAUGUUGAAAGAGAACAAAACAAAUGUUGGCUCAUUCUGGAGCUUCUUUGUCAUCAUUAAUGUAUUCAGGUUUUCACAGCUGAACCACUAUACUUUGAAAAGAUUUUCAUGAAAGGGAACUCAUAUUCAAUGUUUAAACAAAGCUGUCAGGUUACCAAGAUUAAAAUUCGUUUGAGUGUCCAGAAAAAUCUUUUUUAAAAAAUAAAAAUAAAAACUAAGUUGGUCUUUAUUUGCAAACAAAAGAAGCUUUUGUUUACCAGUGUGUAUUUAUUUUUGGAGCGAAUAUAGAGAAAGAACAAUUUUAAAGCAAAAGACGAACUAUUUUAUGUGGCUAUUUUUUCAUUACUAGUUCUGUUUCUCAAAUUGAUACAAAUGAUCUCCUUCUGUUUCUGACUGUCUGCUUGCCUUGUCAGUACAACUAAUUGUCAGGAUUGGGGAGAUCUCCCAUAUCUAAACAGAAGAUGUGCCGUUUGUAACCUGCUUAAUUCGCCUUAUGUCCUACAUGCCCUGAGUAUGGUGUUCAUUAAAGUCUCAGCUGUUUUGUUUUUAUCAGUGGCAGCCUAAACACAGGCUUAUUUUUCUUUGUUAAAAGGCCAGAUUGUGCAUAAAUAUAAACCUGAUCUAUGUGAAUGUGUGUAUAUGUGUGUUUAAAUGGCAAGAAAUGACCACGCAUGUAAAUAGUUCCUAGCAUUUUCAUCACUUGCUCUCACACCUAAACUUCGACUCUUGCCUAGAAGUUAGUAAGAACAGCACCUCUUAGGCUUUGCAGAGAACUUUAACAGCCACCUCUAAAAGUAGAUAAACCAUUUAAGAACUGCAAGUAGUUAUAAAUGGAUUCCAUAGAAUACCAUUAAAAACCAUUCUUAAACUACCCCCACCCACCUCAUACUUCCUCCCCUAAAAUAGUUCCUAGUAGGCUCUAAAUUUUGAUUUCUAAUUGCUUCCAUAAAUUUAGAAGGUCUAAAUGAAACCUAUUUAUAUUUGCCUUGGCAAUAGCAAAUGGCUUAAAUCAAUUACUUUUCUUGGGGGGAGGGGCUUGAGAAGAAAACUCAAAACUUUACAUUUAAAUGUUCAAUCCAUAACCAAAAUUUCUACUCAGUUUUGGUUUAUGUUUGAGUAGACUGUACUAUUACACUAAGUUUUUAAUGUACCAUAAAAAUAAAUCUUAUUGAUGUGUAUGCAAAUACAAAAUUCAUAUAUGAAUUGUAUAGUAUUAACAGUGUUCACGUUUAUCAAAUUAAUCAGACUCAUUAAAAGAAGGUAUAGAAACUGUCAGAUAUUUACUGCAUUUUUAAGUGAAGUUUAACAAAACAUUUGUUAAUAAGCUACUUGUGAUGUUAAAUUUAACACACAAUUAAUUAAAAGUACAUAAAGUACUAUUAAAGUAGUAUGCCUGACAGCUGUAAAAAAUAAUUUAACCUUUGAAAGAGUACAAAAUAAAUACUGUCCAGUGAUGCCUAGAGCUGCGGACCGCGUGGACUCGCCCCCUUGGGACUAGGUUUCUGAGGCCGCUGCGAUGACCAAAAUAAAAGGAGAUCUGGACGGCCCCGAGGCUCAGGCGUAGGCGUGCUCCAGGGAGCGGACCUACCGGGAGCUCCUGGUCAACCAGAACCCCAUCGCGCAGCCCCUAGCUUCUUGCUGCCUGGCGCAGAAGCUCUACAAAUCCAUCAAAAAAGCCCUGAAGCAGAAGCAGAUUCCGCGCGGGGUGAAAGAGGUUCAGAAGUUUGUCAACAAAGGAGAAAAAAGGAUCAUGGUUUUGGCAGGGGACACACUGCCCAUUGAGGUAUACUGCCAUCUCCCAGUCAUGUGUGAGGACAGAAAUCUGCCCUGUGUCUAUAUCCCCUCUAAGACGGACCUGGGUGCAGCCGCAGGCACCAAGCACCCCACCUGUGUGAUAAUGGUCAAGCCCCACAAGGAGUACCAGGAAGCCUACGACCAGUGCCUGGGGGAGGUGCAGUCCCUGCCCCUAUCCCUGUGAGGGGACCUGGUAGCACCUAGGCACCUGCCUCUGGAAGCUACUGGGUUGGCAGUGGGAUGACUGGCUGUCCUCUUGCCCACCCACACUGACGGCAUCUUCCCAGUUCCCCAAGGCACACCUUCUUCCCAGGCAGCUCUGACAGCCCUUUCAUGAGGUAAUGCCAGCCAUUUCCUGUGGAACUUAAGUGAAGGCUAUCCCAAGAAUGUGGGAUGGGAAAGUAAACACCAAGAC